UUGCAUGUGCAUGUGCUUUUGAUCAAUUAACAUGAAGGGCGACGGAAGGUGCUUCAAACUCUUUCUUGCAUUAUCGAUCCUUUUCCUACAAAACGUAAAAGGAGGAGAAGUUGGCCACAGCCACAACCACAGCCACAGCCUCAGAGAUGCUAAAGUGACAGUGAGGUGCAUAGAGAGGGAAAGGCAAGCACUACUUGCAUUCAAACGUGGCCUGGUGGAUGAGUUCAAUUAUCUCUCUUCUUGGGGUUCUGAAGCCGAAAAACAAGAUUGUUGCAGAUGGGAAGGAGUCUAUUGUAGCAACCAAACUGGCCAUGUGAUUGAACUUUAUCUUGGAUAUUAUUUCCCUGGUAAGAUGAUUCAACUUCAACCUUAUUCUGUCCAAGUUAAGAUGAUUAGUCCUAAACUGAUUGAGUUGCAGCAUUUACAAUAUUUGUACCUUACACGGAUUGAUUUCAAUAAGAUCCAAAUUCCAAAUUUCAUUGGUUCUCUAACCAAUCUAAGAAACCUCAGUCUCAGUUUCUGUAAUUUGGCUAGUCAAAUUCCAAGUUCGUUUGGAAACCUCAAGCAAUUGCAAUAUCUCGACCUCAGCGGUAAUCAGCUUCAUCAACCAGAAAAUCUCAAUUGGCUCCCUGCUCUUUCUUCUUUAACGUAUUUGGACCUAAGCCAAAACAAUCUCAGUACUGUUUUCGAUUGGCCAGACAAAUUCUUUCUCCUCCCUAAACUAGUAAAGUUGACCUUGGAGAACUGUAGUCUUCCUCCUCCUCCUACUCCAAUUCUUUCCACUACUCUUUACAAAACAAAUUCUUCUACAUCUCUUGCGUAUGUUCGUCUCUCUAACAACCAUCUCACUUCUUCAAUAUUUCUUUGGUUGUCCAACUACAGUACAAGCCUUGUUAGUCUUGACCUCUCCAACAAUAAUCUAUCUGGUUUCAUUCCCGAUUUCAUUGGCAACAUGAGCUCUCUUGUGUAUCUGUAUCUCUCCAACAAUUAUCUAACUGGUUUCAUUCCCGAUUUCAUUGGAAACAUGAGCUCUCUUGUGUAUCUGGAUCUCUCUGAUAACCAGAUUGAUGGAGCGAAUCCAAAUUCGUUUGCAAGGCUGUGUAAUUUGAGAACAUUGCGGCUUCAAAGAAAUCAUCUGAGUGGACAAUUAUCCAAGUUUGUUCAACUAUUGCCUAGAUGUGCUCAAAACUCAUUAGGGGGUCUGGACCUCUCUGAGAAUGUUCUUAAGGGGUCAUUAAACAAUCUUACAAGCUUCUCAUCUUUGAAAUGGUUGAAUCUUAGCGCCAAUCAAUUAAGCGGAAAAAUACCUGAAAGUAUUGGGCAAAUGUCGCAACUGAUGAAGAUCGAUUUCAGCAUAAACUCUUUGAAAGGGGUGGUUUCAGAAACUCAUUUCUCAAAACUCUCCGAUUUAUAUUAUUUGGAUUUAUCCUAUAACUCACUAGUUUUAAAUUUCCAUUCUGAUUGGGUUCCUCCCUUCAAGUUGGGUUACAUACUUUUGGCGUCCUGCAAUGUCGGUCCUCUUUUCCCAAAAUGGCUUCAAACUCAAAAUGAUUCUUUCAUCCUUGAUAUUUCUAAUGCUGGAAUUUCUGAUAUCCUUCCAAGUUGGUUUUGGAGUAAUCUUCGUAAAGCAGACAUUAUUAAUCUCUCACAAAACCAAAUCAGAGGAAUAUUUACAAAUUUGACAUUGGAGUUUGCACAUUACCCAGAACUACAUUUGAGUUCGAACCAAAUAGAAGGUCCAAUUCCCUCAACUCUAUCACAAGCCUCGUAUCUGGAUCUCUCUAAUAAUAACAUUUCAGGGUCGCUUUCUUUCCUAUGUGCAAGUGCGGAUAUGAAUUUAACAUUUCUUAAUCUUUCAAGCAACAGUUUUUCUGGAGAACUUCCAGAUUGCUGGAGCCAUUUGGAGAAUCUAGUCAUGCUUGAUUUGAGUAACAACGCUUUUUCCGGAAAAAUUCCCAUGGCAAUAGGCUCUUUAUUUCAAAUGCAAACUUUGAAAUUAAGAAGCAACAGAUUUGUUGGAGAAUUGCCUUCAUCCUUGAAGAACUGCAGAAGUUUAGAGGUAAUUGAUCUGGGAGAUAAUGAAUUAUCAGGUUCAAUACCUAAAUGGUUAGGGUUCAGCUUGAAGAAUUUGGUUAUUCUGAUGCUUUCCUCUAAUCACUUCAAUGGAAGCAUGCCCUCGCAAUUAUGUCAUCUAACACGAAUUCAAAUUAUGGAUUUCUCUGUGAACAACAUCUCUGGAAGGAUACCCAAAUGCCUCAACAAUUUGACUACUCUGGCUAAAAAAGGAAACCCAAGUCUAUCCAGCACACAUUCUUAUUACAGAGUUACGGGUGAGGGCUCAUUUGCUGUAACUAAUUAUGAGGAUGAUGCAAGCUUUAUAUGGAAAGGAAGAAUGCAGACAUACAAAAGCACUUUGGGCCUUGUGAAGAGAAUUGAUCUCUCAAGCAAUAGAUUAACAGGGGAGAUUCCAUGUGAAAUCACUUAUCUUGCUGAGUUGGUUUCUUUAAACCUUUCAAGAAACCGGUUAACAGGUCAAAUAACUCCAGGGAUUGGAAAUUUGCAGUCAUUGGAUUCUCUUGAUUUGUCAAGAAACCAGAUAGAUGGAAGAAUUCCGACAAGCCUUGCUCGGAUAGAUCGUCUUAGUUUCUUGGACUUGUCAUAUAACAACUUGUCUGGCAAAAUACCAACAGGCACUCAGCUCCAAAGCUUUGAUCCCCUUGAUUAUGCUGAAAAUCCUCUACUCUGUGGACCUCCACUUAAAAAGAUGUGUGUUAAUCAAAAUGAGCCAACUGACUUGAGCAAUGAGGAGGAUAAGGAUGAGUUUAUAACACUGGGAUUUUACAUCAGUUUGGGGAUUGGGUUUGCUGCUGGAUUUUGGGGAGUUUGCGGCACUUUGAUAUUCAACAGGCCAUGGAGAUAUACAUACUUCAAGUUCUUGAAUGAUUUAAAUGAUUGGCUUUAUGUGAAGAUAGCUUUGAUCAAGAGGCAACUAAAGCUAGCAUAUGCCUAAUAGAUAAGCUCGCAAUGCUGCAGCAUCUAAAUUAGGAGAAAAGUAGCUGUAGCUGAAUGCCUCCUUUCAGUUCAAGUGUUGAAGAUUGCCAGUACGCGCACGCUUAGGUAUCUGGAGAAGAGUUUAUGAGUUAAUUUGGAGUGCUUAGUAGGAAUAAAUAUGAGUUAUAUUAGUGUUAAUUACUUGUCAAAACAAUUAAUUUGGAGU